AUGGACCGAAGUUUGACUACCCCUUCGGCGUCCCCAAGCCAGAUUCAAAAAGAAAUACAAGAAAGUGGAAUCCCUAAGGAUGGCCUCCCUAGCUCCAGCCUCUGGAACGAAACCACUACUUCUGUUUAUCAAUACCUUGGUUUCCAAGUUCAAAAAAUUUACCCUUUCCAUGACAACUGGAACACUGCUUGCUUUGUCAUUCUGCUUUUAUUUAUUACAGUGAUAUCUUUAGUGGUGCUGGCUUUCCUUUAUGAAGUACUUGACUGCUGCUGCUUUGUAAAAAACAAAACUGUGAAAGACUUACAAAGUGUCAAACCAAACCACCCUCUUAGAAGUAUGAUGAACCAUAUCAGAAAACGAGAUGUUGAAGUGGUCUAG